GAUAUCAAUUCCGUCACUCGAUUCUAUAAAUAAAUUAUUGACACUGACGGGCCCUUGGCUGAAAAACAAGACUACAGUACUUAAAAUGCGUAUUAAACUAUAAGUUCAGACCGAGUUGUAGUUCAGGUAUGAUAUCGCAUAGGAAAAUGUGCCAGCACCAAAUUUAAUUCAAGUGGCUUAGAAUUUUGAUUUUUAGUGAUCCUAGUGGUAUUUAUUUCGUUUGCUAACCACUCUCGGUUUUAUCGCAGCGAUAGACGUUAUGUUGUUUUGGUUGUGUUUUCCGGCAGUGUUUAGGAACAGCCCGAUAAGCCGAAACAGCGAUGAAGACACCAUCCUGUUUCUCUUAUUUUUGCAUGACUUUUGUUUGCACUUGAUGCAUGUACUGUAGUGCCGUGGUUGUGUAUUUAGAGCGGGUUUAUUAUUAAAAAUUUACCAACAUGCAGUCCUGUGUCGGAAUCGAGGGGAGAAAUAUGGGCUCCGUUUGGAAGCGUCUGCAGAGGGUCAACAAAAGGGCUGCCAAGUUUCAAUUCACAGUUUCCUAUCACCAGUUGGCAGUCGAUUUUAGCUCUAAAUGGCAACCGCACAAAUUGUCACUGGUGUGGUCCCGCCGAUCGCGCAGGGUGGCGUCCGCCCCGAUGCCGUGGGAACCGACCCUUCAGAACCCCUAUAAGGGCCUGGUCGUUUGGCCGGUUCCCGAGAACCACCAGGUCGCGAUCACCUUGUUCAAGGACCCCAGAACCAACGAAUUGGAAGACAAGGAUUGGUCGUUCAUUAUAGAAGACAUCCCAGCCACCGGUAAACGCCGUCAGCUCGCCAUCGCGCAUUUGAACAUGCGAAAAUACGCUAGCGUGGAGUCGUCGCAGACGGAACUGCAGAUCGUCUUUAAGCCGACAACGAAAAAAAUCACCGGCGCUAAACUGGACUUCACGUUGUCUUGCGUGUUUCUGCGCGAAGGGAGAGCAACGGACGAGGAUAUGCAGUCCAUGGCGUCGCUAAUGUCCGUGAACAACAACAGCGACGACAUCGCCGCUCUAGAAGAUGUUGAUGACGAGGAUUUCUCGCAGAGCGACAGCCUGAUGAAGAACAGCCUCUAUGAGGUGACGCAGAACCUGCAGCAGAUGACGAACUCGUUGUCUGGGUCCGAUUUCGCCAGCACCCCCGUAAGCGUCAACAGUAUCCAGUCGUUGCCCCAAGACGACAAAACGCCCACCGCGGAAACAGUGUCGCCGUGUAGGGAAGUGCCGACCAAGGUGGUCAGAAAUAUCCCGCCUCCGAAGGAGAGCGACUUCGUCGAACCGGAUCGGGAUUUUUAUUCGGAAGAGUGUUCGGACGUGCUCGAACGCCUCGAUAGUUCGGACGAUACGUCGAAAGUUAACGCUAGCGGCGUAGAGUCGAAGUUCACCGACGGGGACAAGGAAAACGGAAACAGGAGCGUCGGCUUGAAACCGCUGGAGCUCGAUAAGGAUUAUAUCGAGACGCCGAAAAAUUCGCAGAAGUUGACGACACCCGGUCAGGACUUGCUCGAAUGGUGCAAGGAAAUGACGAAAAAUUACACGGGCGUUAAAGUUACCAACUUAACGACCAGUUGGAGAAACGGUAUGGCGUUUUGCGCGCUGAUUCACCACUUCCGGCCCGAACUGGUCAAUUUCGACUCGCUCUCUCCCCACGAUAUCAAGUCGAACUGUAAAAUCGCUUUCGACGCCGGCGAUAAACUCGGUAUCCCUAGAGUAAUAGAACCGUCGGACAUGCACAUGCUGGCCGUUCCCGAUAAAUUGGCGGUUAUGACGUAUCUGCAUCAGCUGCGCGCACACUUCACCGGCCACCAGCUUGAGGUGCAGCAAAUAGGUCGGACGGCGGACGAAAGCAACUACGUCAUAGGCAAGUUUAACACCGACAAGGACACGGACAUAACGAAACAGGUAUUCGGUCAGGAGAUACUCAAUCUGCGCAAGGCGAAACAGAAUAAGAAAGUUGAAAACGCGAAAGAGAAAGAGAUGAACCUGAUGAACAUCGAAAAGGGCGACGCGUCGAAAUUGAACCUUCCGCUAAAAAUAACGACGGAACCGCUGCCGUUUAGGGACGCGAUCAAGGAAAAGUCUCCGACUACCGUCAAAGACGUUAAGGAUAUAUUGUUGAGCAGUUCGAAGAGUAUCAUGAGUAAGGUGAUCGCAUCGCCGGGCAAAGAUAAACAUACUAAGAAGCAGGAAGACAAGAAACCUGACGUCAAAAAGCCGAUCCUGAUGACGAGGCGCGAGCUGACCGAUCCGUUCGGUUCGGACGACGACGAGGAGGUUCCGCCUCCUGUCGUCAACCCCAAAACGCCUGAAUUAAACUGCGAGGCGAAUGGAAUCGGCGACGCGGGCGACGGUAAAGGUGACGGAGACGUGUUCUCCGACUUGCCCAAACCGAAUCCGCAAAUUUUAAUGCGCCAUUCCGAGCAGCGGGAACGGGCGAGGCUGUUGCUGGAGCAAACGAAGAGGGACAGCUCGAACCCCACGUCGCCUGCAAAGUCUGAGGAGGAACGUCAAAAUCAGCUUCGCGAACGGGCGAGGAAGUUGCUUGCCGACGCGCGCAGGGGUUCCGCCCCCACCACCGAAAUAAUACGCAUUAGUCCGGAUUCCAUCAAAGCCUACGUGGAGGCCGAAGAAAAGCAAAAUAGUACAGAUUCCGAAAGGAAUGGUAAAAUAUACUCGCAAACUAGUGUACAUAGCAUCGAAGAAUACUCGAGUAAGUUUAGCCCUAGCGAUAGUCACAUGGAGAGGAUCACUCCGGACAAGUUACCAGACGAAUUAGGUUUAAAAGAGAUGGGAAUCGACGUGCAUACCUGGAUCGAUAAGGAGAUGGAAGACUUGGAACGGGAGCAAAGAGCCAUAGACGAGCAGGCGGCCAUCUUGGAGAAACAGCUUAGGCAAGUGAUGGACGCGUCCAGUAAAGAAGAGGAAGAGGCAUUGAUGGCCAAGUGGUUCAUGUUUGUGAACAAGAAGAACGCCCUCUUGCGUCGACAGAUGCAACUUAACAUAUUGGAGAAGGAGGCGGACCUCGAAACUAGGUACAAAAUGCUGAACGAAGAGUUGCGGAAAAUCGCAUCGGUGGAGGACUGGAGGAAGACAGAGGAGCAGAGAAAUCGGGAGCAGACCCUGCUGGACGAAUUGGUUCAGAUUGUUAAUAAAAGGGACGAGCUGGUUCACCAUUUGGAUAGUCAGGAGAAGGCAAUCGAGGACGACGAAAUUAUAGAGAAAGACCUUUCACAUAUCGAACUGCCGGCGGCAAAGGAUAGCAAUUGCGUAAUUUCGUAGAGGGCCCGUACACAUAUAUAUACACCGCAAUUUCUUCCAAACAAUCUCGAAUUCAUUUUUCGUUACGAAAUACGGUGCUUCUUGUGAUAUUUAAUUUAAGUCUUCGUCGAGUGCGUUCAAUCUUCACCGGCCUUCUUCAUUUUGACGUCGAUUGAAGAAAUUGUUGUAUUUGGUUUUAAGGGAUUGGUGGGUUCUGGAAGCAAUUGAAGCUGCCCUAAUUAACACUAUUGGGCGAUUCGUCCAAAAAUUUAACUCCCCCAUCGCUCAAAUGGAUGACAAAACGCUCCAAUCCCUUUAUAGGGUUUUUGUAUAUUGGUUGUAUAUUUUCGUUUUAAUUUAUUGAUUGUGAUUUAACUUAGCAUAAGGGAGGAUUAACAGAAUUGCCAAUUAUAUUUAUAAAAUUCGCGAACAAAAAAUCUGGCUGUAACUAUGAGCCAUCCACUGUCUUAGUGCAAUAUUUUCUCUCGCUUUUUCUCAAAUUAAUCGCGUUUCCGGCUGGGGUGCGGACUGAAUUUGGCGGGGCGGAAAAACCGAAAUUCGAUUUUAUUUUACCACCGCCCCAUACCCGUUCCGCGUUACCCCCCUCCGAGUUUUGGUUGUAAUGUUGGAUGUGACUUAGGAAAGCUUAAAAAAGUAGACUGCGGGCUUCGCGUGGUUUUCAGUGUAACAUAGUACUUUUUUAUGUCCCUAUUUAGGUUACUGUAAUUAAAUGUAAAUAAAAGACAUCUAAUACUAUAGAA